UACAAUUCUUUAUACAAAUAACGCAGAUUUCAACAUGACGACAUUGACGUACACAUGGUCACAUGAAUUCUCACAGCAGCGAGUUAUGACCGUGGCCAUAACUUUUUCGAACUUGACAAGCGAUUACAAUACAAAGUACUGGAGAAAUAUCGCACGGCCGUUGUUCGUUGUUCUCCUAGAUUCAAAGGAGACCAUGAACAAGUUCAUCGAGACUACGAAGAGCAUAAGAUCCAUCUCUUCUUUCAUCUGGUUCAUCAUGUUUCUUCAGCGCCCUGGAAAGCCCCUCGAGGAGUACUGCAGACAUCCUACCGAUAAUGUGUUCAACGUAGACUUCAGAACUCUGAUGCUGGUCCUGUGUUACGAUCAUCCGAUCCUGGUCGAGUGGUACGCCAUUCGCGAUAAUCGCAUCAGGACAUUCGAUCUGGCCACAUGGUCUCCUGAUAGAGGCCUAAUCUUGAAGACGCAAAAGAGCCUCUACGCCAGAAGGAACGAUAUGUUCGGUGACGUUAUACGCGUGGCAUUCGUGGACAAUUCGCCGCUGGUCUGGAUGGAGAACGGUACGAUCAACGGGUUUUUCGGUCUGCUGUUGAUGGAACUCAGCAAAGUGAUGAAUUUCACGAUGAAGGUUCUGGACCCGGUAGAUUCAUUCGGCAUAUGGAAUCCGAAGAAGAAGAGGUGGACCGGGGCGAUUAAUCAAUUGAUCGACAAUAAGGCCGACGUCGGUGCCUCUGCGUUCACGAUAACAACCAGCAGAUUAAACGUCGUUGACUUCACAGUGCCAUUGAUACAGUCGCGAAAUCGUCUCUAUAUUAAGCGGCCCAUAUCGUCUUCAGACGUGCAUUGGACCGGAUACUUCAGGACGUUCAGUUCUGGAAUUUGGUUAACGUUAUUAACGGUAAUAAUAGCUGCUUCUAUUAUGCUGACUUUUAUAAAGACGAGAGGAUACUUCUCGAUGAGCUUAAUAUCUGAAAACUAUAUUCAGGUUUGGGGCAUCUAUUGCCAACAAGGUCUGCCAGAAUUUCCCAGCGAGUCACCAACUAGGCUGGCUUUUCUCUCAAUUUAUGUCUCGUCGAUAGUAAUUCUAUCCAUCUAUUCUGCCUCGUUGAUCAGUUCCCUAGCACUCCAGACGCCCAGCCUACCUUUUUCCACUCUGGAAGGAUACGUUAAGGACGGCUCUUACAAACUGAUCGUUAUGAAAGAUAGCGCCGAGAAUGACGUCCCUAGUCGUAUCAAGGAUCCUGUGUUCUUAAAAAUGUACGAAUUACUGGAGAAGAAAUACUUACCAAUGUCAUUGUCGGGUGGAUUCAAGCAAGUCUGCGAAAAGAAAUUGGCGUUUUAUACCACGGAGAUUUUCAAGGAGUUCACAAAUGUUUAUAUGAAAUGUAAACUAGUAUAUAUCGAUACUGGAAGACUCGAUAAUUUGGCGUUAGUUUUAAGGAAAGGAAGUCCUUACACCGGUUUUAUGAACUACCAGUUACGGCGAUUUCAGCUUAAUGGCGUUAUAAACAAGUUGAGAAACAAAUAUCUUGUAAAAAAUAAUGCUCCGAUGCCGGUUAUUGGAAUAGUCGAAUUAGAAGAUACAGCGCCAACUCUGGCGGUCGUGGCAGGUGGUAUGAUCCUAGCAAUACUUAUUUUAAUAAUCGAGAAAAUGUAUUAUUCGUUCAACACUCGAUAUAAAAAUAAUGUAUCUUCCGUUAUGAAAUCGCACAAUGAUCUCGCUGUGAAAUUGCAAAAGAAAAGCAACGAGAGAAGAGAGAGGAGAGAGAAUCUAAAAUUUCGAGAAUUUUAUAAUACAAGUAACAUGAGAUUUUAUAAUACAAGUAACAUGAGAUCGAUUGGUAAUAAACAUAAACUUUUCGAUAAAUUUUAAUAUAUAUUUCUGAUAAAAUGUUACAAAUGGCUUGUACAUAAAAUUUAUUGUACAUUGUCGCAGCAUUGAUAGAUCAAUUAAGAUUGAUCAGUAUUAUCCUUUCAUUUUUGAAAAUAAAAAGUAGAGAAAGAU